AGGAAAUACAAUCGUGACGUAUAAAUAAAAGCCGAGAUUUAUUAUUUUUUAUUUAUUUAUUUUUCUUUCUUUUUCUUUCCUUCAUAUAUCAUUAAAAAUGGGUAAAGCACAAAGUAAACUUAGUCCCGAACAACUCACUGACCUUCAAAAGUGCACUUACUUUGAAAAGAAGGAAUUACAGCAAUGGUAUAAAGGCUUCUUAAAGGACUGUCCUUCUGGCGAAUUAGAUAAAACAGAAUUUCAAAAGAUUUAUAAACAAUUCUUCCCGUUUGGCGAUCCUUCAAAAUUUGCAGACUAUGUAUUCAACGUGUUUGAUGGUGACAAGGAUGGUAUGAUUGAUUUUAAAGAAUUCAUUUGCGCAUUAUCAAUUACAAGUAGAGGAAGAGUGGAUGAAAAAUUAUAUUGGGCAUUUCAACUUUACGAUAUUGACAAUGAUGGUUUUAUUACUCGUGAUGAAAUGUUGCAGAUAGUGGAUUCGAUUUAUAAAAUGGUUGGAAGCAUGGUUAAAUUGCCACCAGAUGAAGACACUCCAGAGAAACGUGUUAACAAAAUUUUCGAUUUAAUGGAUAACGACAAGGAUGGAAAAUUAUCCAUGGAAGAGUUUAAGGAAGGUUCAAAGAAGGACCCAACAAUUUUACAAGCACUAAACUUAUAUGAGGGCAUGGUUUGAAAUCUACUUUUAUUAUUUAUAUAUUUGUAUUUAUUGUCUGUAUCCUGAUUUUGAAUAAAACGAUCUUUUUUACCCUA